AUUGGUUUCAUUCCAAACGAAUUGAGGUCAAUCAAACAAAGAAUCUUGAGUGAUCGCCUUUAAUCUCUUUUCUGUCGUCCGAGGUUCCAAAAGGGCACUCUGUCUAGCUAUCUUCACAAACAUUGUCAUUGUCUCACCGAGAUCCUCAUAGCGUGAUAUACCCCUAUCAUGCCACGGAUUUUGUGACAGAACGGUUUAGAAUGUACGUAGCAGCUGACGAACUGUAUGUGUUGUUUUCUCGCAGUUUAGUUUCGGGACCGGAGUCUGUGUUGUUUUCGAGUUGAUUACUAACAUUGAUGACACUUUUGCGAGUUGAGCAACCAGACGACACAUCAGCACCACAAAUUUGAUCGAUCAUAGUCUGAUUUAGUGACUUCGUGCCGCGUCCGAUAUGGUAUGCAUAAAUAUGUCUUGAAAGUGGUUUUCAGCUAGUUUUAUUGUGACUAACGAGUGAGAGACUACCUUCAUAUUUUAAUAGUUUCGGAAGUCAAUACGUCCAAACGCAAGCGGAUCUACUUGUUGACCGACCGGGAUCGAACCCGAGGGGAAGUUAUAUAAUAGUGCUUGAUAUUUCAUCCCUAUAAUAUUUCACAGGAUUGUAAUAUACUAAAUACUAAUUGCACUCAAGCAGUCGAUAUUAUAAACCAAUCUACUGUUGAAUAAACACUCAUUUUGACAUGCCCAGUGUGAAUAAUAGAUUCGAAACCAGUCGAAACCAUCUAUCGAGACUAUGAUUAAUGGGGCAGAUUCAGUGAAGGAUUGGCAGGCCACUUAUCGACUUAUCAUCAUUCAGUGAAGCUCUGUAAACUAUUAAUAUUAAUUAAUAUCGGAGCUUUACGUUGCGUCAUGAAAGCCGUAGUUUUGAGGCACAGUGAUGUAUAUUAUUGCUUCUGUUACCGUCCUGUGUCAUGAAGGAGAGCAUUACAGAGAACAGCCAUCGGAGCGAACAUAGAGGUAAUCUGUUAAAAUCAUUUCACGGCCAUGCCAAACACUGGCGGAAAUUGCAUUUGAAACAUUUAUUAGCUACAUGCAUGAUCAAGCGACUUAAUUGCACGAUACGUCGAUACGUUCGUGCAGGUGGCUUUUAUAACUGACAGUUAAUUUGGUAAUUGACAUCGAACUGCCGUGGUCGGGGUCGUAGUCGUCAUGGGGCAGAACGCGUGGCAGACCAGGUCACAGCUCCUCGCCGUCCUCGUCAUCUUUUGGGUCUACCUCUUCAUCGGCGCGUUGAUCUUCACGUCCAUCGAACGGCGCCACGCCGACGACCUCCAUCGAACGUUCCUCGUCGCCGCCAUCGACUUCGUUACCAACAACUCCUGCGUGAACCGGGAAGACCUUCAGACUUACUCCAACGACCUAAUCGAUGCGUAUACCGGAGGUCUUCGUUGGACCCCCGACCAUGGCUUCAACUCGUCCAAACAGCAAUAUCAUCACUGGGAUCUUAUAGACUCGUUAUUCUUUUCUGCAACGGUCGUCACCACGAUAGGUUAUGGUCAUUUGGCUCCUAGCACUGUACUUGGCCGGUCCGUCUGUAUCAUCUACGCCUUGAUCGGGAUACCACUCAGCGGCCUCCUCGUCACCAUCAUCGGCCAGCAACUCAAGAAGCGCCUCAGGGGCAUCUGGAAGCGUCUUCUUCAUCGGAUGCACUGCAUCACCACGGGCAAAUCGUCACCAUCGCACCGGAUCGCAACGAUCACGGCCGUCGUCAUUUCCGGUUUCGCUUUCUACGUCAUCCUCAUCAUCAUCCCCGCGUGCCUGUUCAAGUACAUCGAAGGCUGGGAUUGGCUGACGAGUCAGUACUACGCCGUCAUCUCGUUCACCACCAUCGGAUUCGGGGACUACGUCGCCGGCGACGGCCAGACGCUGAGCGUCGUCGGCCACGUCGUCUACAAAGUCCUCCUCAUCUUCUACCUCCUCUUCGGGAUGGGGUUCGUCACCAUGCUCCUGCAGGGGCUGCAGAAGCGGAACGCGCAGAAGGUAGAGCAGUUUACGAAACGGAGGGUCAUCCGGAGAAUCAUGAAAAGGAAACGAGUGCGUCGAAAGCCGGGAUUGGACGACCCGGACGGAAUCAUGUUAAAAGAGAUGCCUUCCGAAAGUGAAGAGUACGUUGUCAUAACAACGGAUGUUGUUGUGGGCGGUGAAAGCCAGGGGGAGGAUUUUGAGAUGCAGGAGUUAGAAUCGGGUGUACCUUUCGAAACGGUUUCAGUGGUUGAUGAUAUUAUGCAAACUCAAACCAUCCCGUCUUUUGAUGCGGAUACUCAGACUGAUUGGUCGAAACUCGACUACAGUAACUGUUGUUGCUGUUGUCAUAAAAAGCCAGAAACAAAUGAUGGUAGUACAAUGACCCAUACGUCUUCGCAAUCGUCUUCCGCUUCAUCAUCUGAAUCGAAGGUGGUCAAUGACCCCGACAGGACCUGGAAGAUAACAGAAAACUCAAUAUGUCCCGAAAAUCUAGCUGAGCAUGGACCUUAAUGUUACUUAUUUUCUUCAUUUUCUUAUAUACUCCAUUCGUCUGGAUGUUCAAAAUGUAAUUGUAUCAAUUGCAAAACAUGAAGAGACAUAAAAAAUAAAAUAAAAGCGCAAUUUUUCGUUGAAUUCAUAACUUAGAAAUGUCAAA